AUGGGUCGCGAACUCCAGAAGAAGAAGAACAAGUCUUCCAUCCCGAAGAAGCGCCAAAACGGACCUUCCAAGAAGAAGAUUCUGCAAAACCCAAUCAUAGCGAAGCACUGGAACCAAAAAGAGACACUAUCGCAAAACUACCGCCGCCUCGGUCUGACAGCGCGACUCAACCACGCAACCGGUGGCACAGAAAAGACCAUCGCCCUUCUCGGCCUCAACGAUGAGAAAUCUUCCCGCGCAGACGCCGUCGCAAACAGCACAGCCGACGCCCUGAAUAUCGUCUCCAAAGCCAAGAAGCCCGAGAACAUCCCCACCGAGGAAAUCGAAGUCGAGCGCGACCCCGAAACCGGCGCUAUCCUCCGCGUAACAGGCACAUUCGAAACCAAGGACAACCCGCUCAACGACCCCUUGAACGAUAUCGAGGAUGACAACGAGGAUGCCGAGUGGAACGGUUUCGCCAUGGUGCCGGAGCGCAGACAAGACGAGGCUGUCACGAACCCAGUUAUCAGGGAACUUGAGGAGGCUGCGUUGAACGGCGCGAAGAAGGCGCCAAGAGGUCAGAGCCAGAGGGAGCAGGAGUGGGUGGAGCGGUUGGUGAGCAAGUAUGGGGAAGACUAUGCGAAGAUGGCGAGGGAUAGGAAGCUCAAUCCCAUGCAGCAGACUGCGGCGGAUAUCAGGAAGAGGGUUGUCAAGUGGCAGAAGUCGCAGGAGAAGGCAUAG